AUGGCCUUUUCAUUCGGAGCCACAGCUGCCACUCCCGCUGCUUCUUCUGGCUUCAGUUUCGGUGCCGCACCCGCUCCCACUUCGUCUUUUGGCUUUGGUGCGAACCCAUCGGCACCCGCUGGAGCCUCGAGUGGCUUCAGUUUCGGCACAGCCCCUUCAACUGCUACUGCUACUUCAGCCACUCCUGCGAGUGGCUUUAAUUUCGGCACGAAUGCUGCAAGUGCUACUUCAAGUCUUUGUGGGGCUCCGACUGGCGCUACAGGCUUUGGCUUUGGGUCUUCGACUCAGCAGCCACCAACAAGCGGGUUCGGAGGCUUUAACUUCAGUGCCCUACCCCUCGCGGCGCCACAAUCUGUCGCGGGUCCUCCGAUCACGUUAGAAACGGCGUUUGAAGAGCUCCCGGACGAAGUCAAGAAGAACAUGAUGCAGUUUCUUGCGUUUCUAAAAGAACAGGACCAGUUGGACGCGUUUCUAAAGACUGUCUCCUCCCGUCCAUUGGAAGUACUGCGUGACAACAUGGCAAAACUCGAACAAGAAGUUCUGGCGAGACGGAACCGUCAGGCCCGUCAAACUGCUGCUGUCCAGCACGUGCGGCAUGAUGUGCGUCAAUUGCUUCAUCAAGUGGAUACGGCUACACUGACUCGCCGCAGUCUGGACAAUAGCAGUCAUGCUGGGGCAUUGAACGUGUACCAUGUCAUGCGACGGGUGGAGAUGCCGUCACGGUAUUACUGGGAGCUGCUUGACCACUACGAGCACAAGAUGGCAGCGAUCAAGGCGCAGAUUGAAGAUGUCGAAGCGCAGGUCAAACCGCUGUACGAUGGACGACGUGGUGCUGCCAUCCAAGGCACGGACACGCCUGUGCCAGCGCGGCUGCAGCAGAUUUUACUUGCACAGAAUACAGCGCUGAUGCAGGCUGCUGCUCGUGUGGCUGAAGUGCAUGAGAAAGCUGAAGAGAUGCGGCAGCUGUUUUUGGCCAAGAUGCAGGACGAUAUGGCUCGGCACGGGGACACGAACGUCGCUGCUUUUCAGAACCCUUUUGACAAGCGAAAGAAGAGCAGCGAAGCGGACAAACGGCAGGCUAUUGACAAGAUUCGCUUCCGCACGAGUGUUGCACCCACAAUCGUUGCGUCCCAACCAGCAGCAGCGACUCCUGCUACAUCUGCUUUUGGAUUUGGAACUGCGACGCCUGCAGCGGCACCUGCUCCAGCACCCGUCAGCGGCUUUAGUUUCGGCGGGUUAUCUGCUCCAGCCAAGACGGUUUCGUUCAAUCUUACAAGCACCACAGCCACUUCCGUGGCACCUCUUGCUACGACGACCAGUAUCACGGCUACACCUCUAUCGGCGGGAUCUACGACAAUAGCUCCUGCAGCUGGAGGUUUUAUGACUCCCACGGUAGCUACGAGCGGUUUUGGCGGCAUCACUUCAUCGUUCCUCCCGCCUGCUGCAGCCGAUGGCAGGGCUUCCGUUGGCUCGAAGCGGGGCAGUGGACGUGCGCACAAGAAGCGGUAG